AUGGCUCGUAUGCUUCAAUCGCUGCGGCGAGCCUUGGGACUGACUUCUCCCAAGCCAGUCCCAACGUUCCGGAGGUCUAUCGAUACAGAUUUCUCCUUUUUUCGAGAGGGAGACCGAGCCAUCGUCCAUGGCAAAACCCCAUCGUUGACGAAACCCUUGCAGCAGGGUCAGAAAACAGAUCUCCGGCGUGGGUACCUAGAGCAUAACAACAUCAUCGGUCGGCGAGUCCGCGAGCGAAUUCAGGCGCAGAAAGGUCAGCACAACCUCAGCCCUGAAUAUCGACUCACACUCCCUACGCUGGACGAAUAUGUUGCCCUAACGCCUCGCUUGGUAACACCGAUCUACGCCGCGGACGCCAAUCUCAUCGUUUCCCUACUCGAUAUCCACGUAGCGCCUCCAGCAGAAGGAGAAGAAUACGCUCAACGGCCUCUCGAAAUCCUCGAGUCCGGAACUGGUCAUGGUUCCCUAACACUGCACCUGGCGCGCGCAAUUCAAGCCGCAAACCCAACACCCCCGCCGCUACCAGCUCCAUCCCAAAUCCAAUACCUCCAAGGCCGACCCGUACGACCGGACGAGGAACCAGAAGGGAAGAACAAAGAAAGCACCCCCAAUAACGAAACACCCGUCGACCCAACCCAACAACAAUGGGAUGCCUGGCGGACUCAACGCAGAGCCAUAAUCCAUACCGUGGACGUAUCUCCAAAAUUCUCCGCCCUUGCCGAGAAAACUGUCCGCGGGUUCCGACGGGGUCUCUAUGCAGGCAACGUUGAUUUCUACGUGGGCCACGUCGAAAACUGGAUAGCAGAGCAGAAACGACUUCGCACCCCAACUAGUCUUCUAUCGCUAACGCAGAAAACGGCCGACCCGUUCCUCUCAUAUGCGAUUCUGGACAUGCCAGCCGCGCACCAGCGCAUCCCCCACGUGGCCCCGAUCCUGAAGGAAAACGGCGUUCUCGCUGUCUUCAUGCCCAGUAUCACCCAGAUCGGCGAUUGCGUGGACCUGAUCCGUCGGCAGAAGUUGCCAUUCAUCCUAGAGAAGGUCGUUGAGCUUGGCCCCGGCAUCAGUAGUGGACGUCAAUGGGACGUCCGCUUUGCGGUGAAGAAGUCUCGUGCGGAUCCCUCGUCAUGGACUGAGUCCUCUGAAACGAGCGAAGGGUCUGUCCAGCAGGAUCGAGAGGCUCUUGACGAAGGUUCCGUGGAGAGUGUCUCUACCCCUGAGGAAGCGCCCAAGGACGAAGAUAGUGUGCUUGUUUGCCGGCCGAAGGUCGGAUCCCGUAUAGUAGGUGGAGGGUUUGUUGGAAUAUGGAGACGGAUAGAGGAUUCCCAGAAACAGUGA